AUGUCAUCGGGCCGUACCCAUAAACGACGCAACCUCGAUUCGGUGGCGACCUAUGCUCCAGACACCAACGUCCCUUGCCCUGAUCUCUCAACUGCUCCUCUCAUUCGCCGUUUCUCCCCUCAGAACCAGACUCUCCACCCAGAAGAACAGCGAUACAUCUCAGAACGCGCCAACAACGUUCUACCCAAUGCUUGGAAAGAUUGGCUUGGCGACGGGUCGGGGAUUGGCUACGACCUCUCAACAUUCUCCCCUGCAACCUAUCCAAAGAUUGGCAUCGCCGUGCCUGGAGGAGGGCUUCGGGCAGCACAAUAUGGGGCAGGCUGUCUCCUCGGUUUGGAUGCUCGCAACGCGACGGCCAAGGCAGCAGGCACAGGCGGUCUGCUGCAGGUCGCAUCUUACCUCUCAGGGCUUUCUGCCCUUGACGAACUUUCUAGGCGGGUCCUGGCUGACCGGCUCCUUAUUCUUCAACAACUGGCCCAAGAUCGACGACCUCGUUUUAGGCGACGGCAGGAUCUCAGCGGAUGGAUGCUCGACCUUUCGUUCGUCACUCCCGACGGCGUGGACCUUCUCUCAGACCGCAACCAAGCAUUCUAUGGCAGUAUAUUGUACGGCAUCAUUGCAAAGGCAGACAGAGGAGUUGACACCAGCCUCACGGACCCUUGGUCCCGCAUGAUAUCCUAUCACUUUCUGAACCAAACGACACGCGAGAACUUCUUCAGCAAUGACACAGGGCAUGGCUCUGGGCAGCUAUGGUCCCGAAUACCUCAGAUCCCCGCCUACCAAAGCCGUUCCGUUCCAUUUCCAAUCGUCGUCGCCGAUUCACGUCCUGUCGGUUCCAACUUGACCGCAACUCUCCCACUCAACUCGGUAGUCUACGAAAUAACACCACUGGAGUUUGCUUCUUUCGACCCCUUCCUCUCGACUGGCAUGAAUCUUUCGUAUGCGGGGACCCAUCUGUCAAAUGGGCGGUCAAUCAACGGGACGGCCUGCGUCACCGGCUUGGAUCAAGCAGGCUUUGUGAUGGGCACCAGCGCGAGUCUGUUCAACCAAAUUCUAGAUUUCGCUCGCAACACACUCUCUCAAUUCUCGAGCAGCGACAGCGCAGGGCUGCUCUAUGUCCUUUCUCGUCAAUUACAGCAAGUGCGCACACGAGCGGAUGAUGUCGCCAACUGGCCGAAUCCCUUUCAAGGACUAGACAUCCCCGACUUUCAAGACGUGAACGCCUCCUGGCUGGAACUUAUUGAUGGUUCCUCCAAUCAGGAAAACAUUCCCUACGGUCCAUUAUUGGUGCGCGCCAGGAAUCUUGAUGUUAUUGUCACGGCGGAAGGAAGUGCAGAUGAUCCUGUGAAUAAUUGGCCAAAUGGUACAGGAUUAAUCUUCACUUCCACAAGGCAAACCACCCUGCUACAAAGUACUCAUCAACAAUUUCCUCCCAUACCUUCUACUCCUGAGGAUUUCAUUGCAACUGGAGUCAAUGCUCAUCCUACUUUCUUUGGAUGUGAUCCUUCAUCUACUGAUAAUUAUCCUUUGAUCAUCUAUUUACCCAAUGCUCCUCCAAUUUCUGGUAAUGAUCCAGUAACAAAUACACCUACUUUUCAAUUAACAUACACCCUGCAUCACACUCGCCUCUUCAUUGAUCAAGUCUUUUCCAACACAAUAUCUGGAUUUACUCCCAAAUCUAAUUCUCCUGAUCCAAAUUGGGGCAAAUGUUUACAGUGUGCUGCUUUUGAUCGGGCACGUUCAAAAGUAUCACCUGCAGUACCACGUUCAACUAUCUGCAUCCAGUGCUUUAAUCAGUACUGUUACAAUUCACAAAACCCAUCUAGCAAAUCAGAACUCCCAAAUCGCAAACUUGAAUUUGUUGAUCCAGAUCCUCAAGGUCUUAGCAAAAUUCAGGUUUUUUUCAGUGUCAACAAGUUCAAACUUCUUGGCGGAUUAAUAGGCUUGAUAGUCUUGAUUCUUCUUAUUACUGCUGGAUUUAUACUAUUCAGAAAACAUUCAAGAUCAUCAAAGUAUCAGAAAAUUACACCAGCAUCAUCUACACUUAUUUUUGAAGAAUUUAAGGAUCAUCCAAUAGCAGAAUCAUAUAAAAUGACUAUAUAUUCUAAAUAA